AGGGCUUUGAAGACCCACAGGACAGAGCAAAUCACUGCUGGUCUGGAGGCUGAGGACAGAGCGAUCCCUCCACAGAAGAACCACUGCAAGAGCACCUGUCUCAGUCACCCAGCUUUCCAAAAUGAAGUUUCAGGCCAUUCUUUCCUUGGCCGGACUUCUCAGCGUUUGCACUUGUGUCCCUGUUUACCAGCCACAGAUUGGAAUAAUUACAAGUAACAGUAAUGAGAUUUUGGGUCUCAACGCACUCACUCUGGCAGGUGUCGGUUUGGGACAAGCACAGGGUACACAAUUUCUUUCCCCUUUCCUGAUUCAGCAGCAGCCCCCACAGGUGCUGAACUUUAACCCUCAACUGCCAGGACCCUUCUUUCCCCCUCAAAUAAACCAACUGAACCCAGCCCAGAUGCCCCCAUUACGGCAGGAGCAGCCUGUACCGCGCCUUGGUCCCAAUAGUGCCAUACCGGCUCAGAAUCCUGCCCAGAUUUUUCCAUACUUCCUGUCUAAUCUAUUUCCUCUGAGGAACAACCCUGUAAGACUGCCAACAAACCAGAACCCUGGCUCAAAUGUUCAAGACCAGGCUAACAAGCAACCAAUACAACCAUUCCAGAACAAUGGAAAAGCAGCGGACUCGAGUGUAACAUCUGCUCCAGAUUACCGUGGUGAUCGUCCUGGUCCUGGAAUUGGAGAGGGGCAUCUUGGCAUCCCAUUGUUUGAGCCAUAGGGUUCUUAGAAGAUUUUCAUUGUUAACAGAAUUAAGAUAUGCCACCAAGGAGACCCCUUCCAGGAGAUACUUUUGUUCAACACAUUCAAAUAUCACCAAAUAAAUAACUGGCU